AUGGAUCUGUAUGGUGUCGUCUGGUUGUUAGCCAUUUUGCAGGAAGUGACGUCAUGUUUUCUUACGGAGAAAUUACCUAGUUUAGAGGGCAAGGAAUGGUUCACAAAAAUCAGAAGUGGAGGAUCUAAUGACGUCAUUGCGUAUUUUGACCGAAACAGUGUGACGUUUAAUGACGUCAAGAAUACUACUAAUGGCGAAACAAAAUGGCGAUGUUUUAUGAAAAUUCGCGGUCGAUAUUUCUUGAAGAAUGUGAGACAAGGCGGUGGAUAUCUGUAUAAGUGUAUGGGAAUAAUAGUUCGAUCAGAAUCUGCAAUCCAACUGGAGUGGUCUCAUGUUAGUAGACUCGCUGACCCAGCCUUGUGUGCUGAAGAAAAUAUUAACUUGGAUCCAUGGUUAUUAAUUUCGUAUAAAACGGUAGUGAAUGAUUUUACGUCAUGCCCGGUGUCAGGCGGAUUUGAUAUAAAGCAUGCUGGGUAUUACAGUCGUGAUGUUCGAGACUCACGUGGCUAUGAUAUUGGAUGUAAUCUAAUGAAUAUACCAAUGCGAUUAGAGUUCGAUUGUAUCGCUGGUGAGGGCGCCAUUUUUAAUUUUCGCUCUAAAAAUUGUGUACCUGAUAUCCAUUUUAAUAUUUAUCAGAAUACUAUUUGCGUUGCCAAGUGGAGCAAUAAACGCCACCAUUUUGUUUUAUUACGCACGAAAACUGGAUUAGAAUUUUGGUGUGCCCGGUUUCCUGUCGGAAUCGAAAAUCAAAAUGAAACGGAACUAUAUUUAUACUCGGAUGUAGCUUGCCUCGAAGGUGAAUAUGCGGAGGAAUUUGUGAAAUUUAUGAAAUUUGACCUCCAAAGGGUCAUGUAUACUACAAUAUGUGCUGAUGAAUAUCCUCAAUGUAAGGAGGGGACGUGUAAUGUGUUUUCUAAGCUGGAGUGUCAGAAAACAUGUGGUCUCUGUAAUCCGCAUCGUCCGCCUGGAAUUUGCACCUUUCCUAAACGCAUGCAGGGAACCUAUCUCUUGCACAGUAAACAUGGCAACCAGAACGUUACCUUGGAAGGUCGGACCUUAAAUAUAGAAAAUGUCGGACAGUUCGAUUGUAUCGUCUUCGAAGACAGUCCACUUCGGUCUACUAAAACAUACACAACAAUGUCUAUUUUUCAAAAUGGCUGCCGACCUAGAUACACGUGCGUCAGAUUAAAGCGACUAGGACCUUCCGCUUUACGAUAUUCAUUAGCUCAAAAUUUAGUGUGGCCAAUCAAAAAGGAGAGAAUUGGCGCUAAUAUUUGUAACGAGGACAAUUUUCGCGCCGAUGGUGACCCAAUUCGUGAUACGUUUAGGUCAUAUAAAAAGACUGGUAAACCAGUGAUAAAAAUUCACCCGAAGCCUAGAUUUAUCAACUGUGGAAUGAACACGUCAUAUACAAUACGUGCUGAACUACCAGACGGCUCAAUCUGCCAUGGCGGAUUUUAUCAACAUUGUAAAAACGAGACAAAACUACGUUUCGACUUUCAUACAUGUAAUUCCUUUAUCAAACCCAAAGAAGACUUCAACUGUGCUGGAAUAUUUCGGACUAAUUAUUGGGAGCGCGCCGUGUUGAUACAGAAUGUAGACAAUCUGAAUGAUAUUCGGUGUUUAAUAUUCAACAGUUUACGACCAUAUCAAGCCUUAAUCGUAGUCGCAGACGAAUGUGAUAAAAUGGCUUCGGGGUUAGUCGACAGUAAUAUCCGAAUACCCAUCAUGAGGUUGCAUAUUCGCUCUGACGUUUACCCAUGCAAACACAUACAACUGCCUUUAAAAGAUGACGUCAUCACUAAUGUCGUGACGACGACUGAGCCAAUCAAAAUGAAUGUUACUUUGAAAGAAAGUAAAAACGUGAAUUCGUUCUCUGUGGAUUUAGAAUUGAGUUCAAGGAAUUCAUCAGGUUCGCGGCCUUUUGAAAAUAAAUUAAACUCUUUAUUGUUACUGUUUUUGUGUUACGUUGUUUUUGUUAAAAACUUAUAA